AUGUCAGACGAAAUGUCAAAUUUGGAAGCAGAAACGUCAGUAGCCGGAGAACAGCAAGAAGAAUCGGCGACGAAUACUAGUGAAAACACAGAAAAUGGUGACAAUACUGAAAAUACCGACAGUAUUGAGGAGAAUGAAACAACAGUUGAGAACCCUUGGAAGUCGCCACGACAAGCACCGGUUAAUGGUGUUGUUCACCCGAGAGUUCAUCCUCCAGCCGAAAAGCCGGUUCGACACACCAAUCAACUCGAUUUCCUACUCAAUGUAGUUCUGAAAGAUGCAAUGAAGCAUCAGCACUCGUGGCCGUUUCUUGCACCAGUGGACGCUCAAAAGCUUGGAAUUCCGGACUACCACACCGUAAUUGAAAAACCUAUGGAUUUACGCACCAUUGAAAAACGUCUAAAAAAUGUCUACUACUGCAGUUGCAAGGAAGCAAUGGAGGAUGUGAUGACAAUGUUCAACAAUUGCUAUACAUUCAAUCCCGAACACUACGGAGUCUACAAAAUGGCCAAAGGUCUUGAGGAAUACAUCCUGGGCCGGCUCGCAGAAAUGCCUGAAGUUGAAAUUGAAGUACCCCGUCCGGUAUCAAAACGAGGUGGAAAAGGUGGCCGCGGUGGCGCUCGUAAUAUGGGAACUCGUGCGCCAAGCGUGAAGCGUGGCAAAGACUCUGUAAGUCGCGAGUCUUCCGUGUCCAUUAUUCCGAAAGAUCCCGAAGUCGACCGUUCUUCAGUUACACCAAUUCGCGUGAGCGAAUUGGGAGAAAAACAAGGAAAAGGAGUUAAAAGAAAGGCUGAUAUUGUAACAACUGAGGAGGAGCCAGAAAAACUUGUUGUUCGUAGAGAAUCGGGACGCCCAAUCAAACGACCAGUGUUGGACUAUUCUGCUCUAGAACCCAAAUUAAAGGGCAAGAUGACCGAGUCGUUGAAAUUCUGCCAAAAGCUUAUUAAUGAGCUGCUCAGCAAGAAAUAUAAAUCCUUUGCUUGGCCAUUCUAUGAGCCAGUCGACGUCGAAGGCUUGAACCUUACCGACUACUAUGAUAUUGUUACAAACCCAAUGGACUUGGGGACCGUAAAGAAGAAGCUCGAAUUUCGCCAAUACUCAAGUGCUCAGGAAUUUGCAGAAGAUAUUCGACUGAUUUGCAAUAACUGCAUGCUUUACAAUCCCGAAGGCACUCCCUUCCAUAACCAUGGAAGAGACCUGCUCCGUACUUUCGAGGCCAAGUUCAAGGAUUGUCCUGUUGAUGAAGAACUUCCCGAAGUUUUCGGCGCAUCUUCUGAUUUGGCAAUCAAGACUGAUGGCAUCAAUGAAGACGACAAGAUAAAUAAGUAUUUGAAAAUCGUUACUUCGGAACAGAAGAAGCUUCGCGAGCGACUUGAAAUUCUACGCGAUCUUGGAGAUAGUCUGUAUGAUACGGCUCUCAAGCGCAAAGAAGCAAAAUUGAGCGGAUCGGACGGACCUGGUUUAACGGCUGCACAACUCUCUCAAAUUCGCCAACUCGGAAUCUCUGCGGAGCUCAAGCAAGAAUUAAUUUCACCUGCUCUUUCGGGUCGCAGUGCAACGCGAGCUCCGCCGAAAAUAUUCGAGGAUUACAAAGUCGAAAUGCCGUUUAAAGCAGCUGGAAAGAAGUCUAAAAAGAUGCCCGAACCUUCGACGCCAUCUGCUCAAUUGGAGCCAAAACCAUACUCUGGUCGCGGUCGUCGACCGGGAAGCAAGAAUAAACCAAAGAAUCUUGCCCCAGUCAAAGAAUACGAGUUUGAUUCUGAGGACGAAAUAAAUAUGACGCCACUCAACAGCGAUGAACAGAGAAAAAUGCAGAAUAUGGUGUCUUGUUUGCCUCCAGAGCAUCUUAACGACGUCAUGAAGAUUGUUGAAAGUCGCGAGGAAAGACAAUUCAAUGAGUCUAUGGAGGGAGAGGUCACUCUGGACCUCCUCAACCUUAAGACUAUAACCAUCAGAGAGCUUAUGGCAUUUUUGACUCACGUAUAUGCCAAGAAAGAUAAGGGAAAGAAGCUUAUGCCAAUUAAAAAUCCAGAAGAUGCUGCUAAGAAAAAAGAGGAGAUUCAAAAACAACUCAACACUUUGAAUGCCAACUUAUCUAAGGCCAACAAAGGUCCGAGUAAUUCUCCUCCCGUCCUUGUUUCGCAACUAGACGGUCCAUCGACUUCGUCCGCUAUUCAAAACAGAAAGAAUGAUGUGAGCUCCUCGGACAGCUCUGACAGCUCCUCAUCGUCGGAUUCUUCCUCAUCGGAUACUUCGGACACCGAAUCAGAUGCCGCUGGACCACGACUCGACGAAAUCUCGUCGCGUAAGCGCGUUGGGGUCGCCGUCAAACCAAUCCCGCUUCGCAACGGAUUUGGCGUAAAAGAUCGCAGUGGAGAGAAAGGAGCUGCAUUCCCAACUAAGUCUUCAUCGACAAGCGCCGAUGAGAGUCGAUCGCCAACACCACCUGAGCCAAGAAGCAGCCAGCCACCAUUAAAGAAGAGAGCUCCAUCAGAGGACGCCAAGCAAGCGUUAAAAAAACCGGUACAGAAGAAGAAACCGUCGCCAAACUACACUACUACCAUUUUGGACACCUUACUUCCGGAAACACCAAAGAGAAGUGGAAGCUCGUCCCCUAAAGCUCCAGGAAUUGGCUCAACAGAUUUUGAAGCGUUUCGCGCCAAACAAAAGCAAAAAGAAGAAAAAAGACGUCAGCUUCACGAAGAAGAGGACGCUCGUCGUAAGGCGAAAGAAGUUGACCGCGUUGCAGAAGCUGCUCGUAAAGCUGAAGAAGAGCGCCUUGAAGCUGAACGCAUUCAAGCUAGGAUUGCUGAAGCUCGCCGCAUCCGAGAGCUUGAAGAUCCAGCAUGCUGCAUUUUUGAUCAGAUGGAGGUCAUGGCUAACUUUGAGUCCAUGAUGUAA